UUUAAUCAUCUUUCAGGUAGAUGGGUUCAGAUUGCAAAUCUUGUCACCAACUGCCCUUAAACAAUUACACUUCAAUCCCUCAGUACUUGCGCGGAAACCGUUGGGUGUUAACUGGAUAUCGUGUCAAUUAUUCAGUAACACAGUGCUUAUUUAGCAUUUUUCAAUGCAGCAACGAGUUUUUCAACAUUUGGACGCAUUUAGCCGGCUUUUUCGUCUUUGCAGUUUUAUUCCUCAGUGAUGUAUUGGUGAAAUUGCCUUAUGAGGGUGCUGAUUGGAGUGAUUAUGCAAUAGUUACUGCUACAUUAUCUACAUUUGCUUUUUGCAUGCUUUGCUCCACAGGAUUUCAUGUCUUUAACAGUCAUUCUCGAAACUGCUACUCAGUUUGGCUAGCUGUCGAUGUAUCAGGAGUAGCAAUAGGAGCUUUAGGAUGUUACCUUCUUGGCGUAUAUUACGGAUUCUACUGCUACCCUUUCUGGAGAUCAGUAUACGCUGUUAUGGUUGGACUCAUGUGCCUGAUAGUUUUGGCAGCGCAAGUUUACGAUGCUUUGAGUCAAACUCAUAAUACUCUCAGAUCAGUCUUUCUAUUUUGCUCUUUAGGAGCAGUUUCCGUCAUACCAACAACUCAUUGGAUUUGUCUUGAAAAUGGAUUGGAAUCCAGCCUUGUCCGACUGCUUCUCCCCAAAGUUUUCAUUAUGUACUUUCUUCUUCUCUUGGCCGUGGUGAUCUAUUUGUCGAAAUUCCCCGAAAGAUUUUUCCCCGGAAAAUUUGAUUUUUUUGGCCAUAGUCACAAUCUGUGGCAUCUUAUGGUCGUUAUAGCGCUCUGUUAUUGGCACAGGGUGGGACUAGAAAUCGUACAUAUUAUGCUGCAUUCUAAAUGCAAUCAUGUCAAGCUUCAAUAAGCAAAAAUUUAAGCAGAAAAACUUGACCUAACUGCUAGCAGCUACGCUCUACAAACUUCUGCUAAAUGAAAAAUCGUUUGAAUUUUUAGAGUUGAAAUCAACUAUCCAUUGUUGCUCAAUCAAAGGAUUAAUUAAAUUUAUAAUAAUACUGAACUACUUUCAGAAUUUUAAAAUCGUUAUGUCAAGUUUGCUUUUAUUUUAAAUCAUGCAAAUCAUCAUUUGUAGCCAAACUCCAAUUCUGCCGAAGUGUCAAAUUGGAUGGUAUUAGAUAUUGUUUCGAAAUCCAGCUUAUUUGCUGUUUCACCGGAGUUGGAAGCUUUUCUUUUUUCCACAAAAACUGGUCAACAAUGCGCACAAAAAUCAAUUUCAAUGGCCAUUAUGAAGAUCAAUGAAAGCUUAUUUUGAAACAACUUCCAUCUCUCAUUAUUAUGUCAUUUUUAAGAGCUCUUCAAAUAAAUGUUAUUGCUAUGUAAAUAUUUCAAAUACCAAGUAAUUUAGUCUUAAUUUGUUAACUUGUUUUUUAAAUUGUCAUGCAGAGCUGGGCAUUUCAUGGGGGGUUUGAAGAAAAGCCUCAUUGUCAGGGCUUGACUUUUUGCUUUGACAGCUGGUCUUCACUUAUACUGUUUUGUUAUUUUUGCAGACUUGUUUCUUUAAUUAGUUGAUUUUCUAUUUGGGUAUGUUAAAUAAAACCAGAUGGCCCAUUCCAGCUAAAGCUGCUUUUGCGCAAUGAGUCAACAUAGACGACUAUUAUGAAAAUAUAAAAUAAGCAAGGAUAGCCGGUUUUUGUGCAAGUAGCACAGAACAUUCCGACCAUUUUCACAAAAAAAAAAUUAACUUAAAAAAGUUCUUUAAAUUACUGUCGUUGUUUGGCGUGGUAUGAAGAGAGAACUACACAAACCCGUAGAAAGUUAAUGAGUAAGGCUCAUUUUGAUUAUAAUUUGUGAUACCUGAUUUUGCGUGGAAAACAAAAAAUAUAAAACACACCUGAAGACUUUUUUCCUCCCCAUUUUCACUGCCUGGAGCAAUAACUGUCAAAAACUAAAAUGGUAGUAUUGUUUAAUGUGUUAAUAGACGAGGUGAUUUAUCCUCUUGUUUUUUGUUCCAAUUCAUAGAGUCUUAACGUGAAAGGUUUUUCUUACCUCUCAGAGUUUUGAAAACUGAAACACGAACAUUUUUUUUUUUGGUUUUCUUGUUCAAGGUGAUAAAAAGAUGCUAUUAAAUUAGAAUUUGAACAGUCUACAGAUAUUAUGAUAUAGAAUACACGUUCUGAAAUUUCUUUAGAAAAAACAUCUCACCAAAAAAUAUUAUUGCUUCGGCAUUAUGAAACGUUUCGAUUAGUAGAGAUGGUUUUUGGUAGACCUAGUUUUUGAUAUUUUUUCCCAACAGUGUUUAACGUUUCAGUCUAGUUUUUCUGCUGGCUAGCUUGUCAUGCUAUUUUUCUAAUUUUUUGUGUGUAAUUUUUUUGUUUUGUUUUGUUUUUGUUAUUUAUCUAUUGUAAUUGUUGAAUACCUCCCAACUAACAAGACAAAUAGUAAAUCUUCAUCGAAAAUUUAUUAUUUUUUGCCUUCUAUGGAUAUUGUUCUCGUCAGCGCAAUCUUAUAGAACAAAUCAACAAUAGAUGUGAAGUAUCGAAAGGAAUGAUUUCUAUUAGUUUUAACUGUUAAUUACCCUUGCAAUAAGCUAGGGUAGUGCAAUCGGGUACUAGACUUUUAUCCCGUAAAGAACUUUGUUCACAGAAUAUGCGAAAUUACCAUGGUUCAAUGACACCCAAAUGGUAAAAAAAAAUGGUUCAGCGUGUUUUUUUUUUUCAAUUUUCUCUUUCUAUUAACUUUUGUCUGAUCGGAGUUUUUUAGGAAUUAAAAUGGGCGUUUGCUUUCGGCGUCAGAGCUUUUAAAGUUUUUUUGAUUUUUUUAGCUGUUGCUCUGUGAGCUCUUUCUGUCGAAGUGUGUUUGUUGUUUUACUUAAUUUUAUUUGUUUACGUUCUUGUAAAUAGAAAGAAAACUUUUCAGUAUUUGUUUAUCUUUGUCUUAUCAGAAGUCGUUUUUUUAUCAACGCUUUUUACAAAUGGUUUCUUAGCAUGCCUUCUGCAAAGCAGACAAGUUUAAAGCGUCAGUUGGAGCCAAAAUGAUUUGGUUGCUUAUUUAAUUUUCAAAAAUGUUGUGCAACAAUUUUCCAAUCUGAAUUUUUUCUCAACAUACUUUUUUCCAUUGCAAUUGGUGAGAAGCUCUGCUUUCAAGUUUAAAUAAAAAUGGGUCUCCUACAUUUGAUGAAGAUUUUAAGUUCUUGUCUGUUUUUUUUUUCUGAAUUAAAACAGUUAUGAUUUGGUUCAAAUCUGUAUUUUCUGUUGAAGUUGCGAACUUAUUCUGCUAUAAGUUCACAAAAGGAGUUCUUUUUGCAAUAAGGUUGUAGGUAUUUACUAAAUUUGUUCAACUGUUCGCACUUGAGAUUAGCCUUCAAAAUUGCAAUACUUCGCUGACUCUAUCCAUCUCCACUACUCCAUUUAAAAAGAAUUUUUUUCGCCAUUUCUUCUUCUUUGCCCUGAAUUAGUUUCUCAUUUGAGUCCUCACGAGCCAUUGGCAUGUUGGAAAUUGAUCUUCGAUCCGCUUGAAUGUCGUUUCAAUUGAUAUAUUAAAAUAAUUUCAUAUUCUUGAAAGUUUUCACAGUAUUUUUCUUUUGAGCGUUUGCAUAUUUUUGUUCCGCGACGAAGUUUUCAUUCAAAUAACGGCUUAAAAAUUUUAAACGCAGUAAUUUUCUUGACGUUGCUCUACCGAAAGCUUCUGGGAACAACAACCGAAUUGUAGGCUCCAUCCAGCUCAUAUUGUGAGCGGUUGAAUUGAUACAUCUUCCCAGCUUCUUGUAGAAGAGAAUUUCAGAAAGCUGAAGAAUGCGGAUGUUUUGUAAACACUUGCCAGUUUCAGCCUAGGGCUAGGAUCAAAAUGAGAAAACUUUUGUUUUGUAGUAUACCCUGAAUAGGCUCAACUAGUACUCCUUCCUUGACGACAUUAGUUUUAAAGCCAUCUUUACCCGUGCGAUACUAACUUUCUCCCCGUAAAAACUUCACAGAAUGGACGAAAUGGUAUUCAGUAUAUUAUACAACUGCUGAAGUAAAAUCAUGCCUAGUAUAUUUAUUGAGUGCAUGUAAUUCGGCUGAACGUUGAAAGCUGCAGAGAAUUUUUUUUUGGUGCCGAAAUUUUUUUAGUGCCAGGACGGACAGUCGGCAUUAACUGUCGGCUUAAUUUCAGAUUGUUAAUCUUUGCUUUCCUAUUUUUCGCUGUUAAUCUUUUAUCAGAAACUCCGUAUGAAAAAAAAAGAAAAUAAAACAUUAAAAGUCAAUUUUUCCAGCUUUUUCAGUUGGUUUAACAUAUUCGGUUGUGGAACCGGCUGGAUCAAAUUCUUUUUCCGGCAAGUAAUUCAGUUUUUGAGUUUUUUCUUUUUUUGUAUAACUUUCUUGAGAAUGAUUUUUUAAAGUUUUGUUUUCAUUGCUUUCUAUCUCAUUUUUUGGAAUUUAUCCUUUUUUGAAGUGUCUGCGAUUAAGCGAGCUUACAAUACUAUAUCAAGUUCGAAAAUCAUUAAAUCAGAAUUUUUGGCUCCAAUUUUUAUGACAAAUAAAAUAGUGUG